AUGUACAACGACCCGUCUGGUGUCUUGUCAUCCUGUGAUUUAUUUGUCGAUAGUCCGAUGGUUAAACAUCAAUCUGACCUUCAUUAUUAUCAUCACCAUAAUCAACAUCAUCAACAAAGCGAUUCUUCACGAUCACCAUCGAUCUGUUCAUCAUCACUUUCGCCAAAGACUUCAUGUACAACAGUUGCUGUUACAACAACAUCAUCAGGAACGGCAGCAUUGCCUGCAGCAGUAGGCACAUCUGCUCUAAAUGAUAUUGAUCCACAAUUAGCCAAACAUGUCGAAUAUGAAUUGGGUUUAACUAAAAAGAAUGGUAGUGGCACACGAAAAAAUGCAUGGGGUAAUCUAAGUUAUGCUGAGUUGAUUAGUAAAGCUAUAACAACCAGUGCUGAACAGCGUCUAACAUUAUCUGAAAUUUAUGAUUGGAUGAUAAAAUAUGUUCCUUUCUUUCGUAAUAAAGUUGAUAGAGCCAGUAGUGCUGGUUGGAAGAAUUCUAUUCGUCAUAAUUUAUCAUUACACAAUCGAUUUAAACGUAUUCAAAGCGAAGGUACCGGUAAAUCAUCAUGGUGGAUUAUUAAUCCAGAUGAAAAGAAUACCUCAUCAAAUAUUCCCAAUGGUACAGUUGCAACAACAAAUAAAAUAAAACAAACAAGACGCCGUUUAGGUCAAAAUCUAAAAUCCUCUUCAACAACAACUAAACGACUUCGUACACCUCGUUCAAUAAUAAAAUCUUCUCGGAUAUUAACAACUACUGAACAACAACAGCAGCAGCAGCAGCAACAACAAGAUUCAACAACGCCACAAAAUCCACUACCUGAUUUAUCAUCUGCACCUAUUUAUGAUACACAACAAUGGACAACACAUUUAGAUUCGGAUACAUCAGUAAACCAUUUAUACGAACAAGAUCUUUAUUCAACAUCAGUAAAUACACCUUUAGCAAACAAUAAUUCUACCAGUGGAAUUCAAUCGACAUAUUUAUUUGACGAUAUAGCAACUAAUUAUGUAUCUAAUACAUCUUCAAACCCUACAAAUACGAGCGAUUAUUCGUAUCAUCAUCACCAACCACAACAUUUUCAUCAUCAUCAACCGCAAACACUUUAUCAGCAUCAUCAUGGAUCGCAUUAUGAUAUCAGUUCAAAUAAUGGAUAUUAUCAUCAACAACCGGUGCUUAAUGAUCAUCCUCUACUUCCGAUGGAUACAUAUCAUACAAAUAAUGGACUAUCGUAUCCUUUACAACAGCAACAGCAACAGCAGGAACAACAACAGCAACAACAUCAAAUUGAUCAAAAUGAUGAUCAAAAUAUGUAUAUACAUGCUCAUUCAGCAUCGUCACAUUCAUCAUCAUCAUCACUAUCACUAUCACCACCAAUAUUAACGGCAAAUAAUAUUUUAGCAUCAUCGUCAUCAUCAGCAUCUUCGUCAUCAAGUUAUUCACAUCCACAUAAAAAUCCUUCAUCGUCAUUAUCUAAUGGUUAUCUCCAUCCAAAUUCGAAUGGAACAUUGACACUUUAUAGUCAUCAUCAUCAACAUCAUUCAGAUAUUGAAUCUUUACUUCAAUUAAAUGGCAUUGAUGAAGAAAAUGAUGAUGGUGACGAUGAUGAUGAUGAUGAUCUUUCGACUUUAGUGCAUCAUCAUCACGAAAUGAUUGAUGAACAGCAACAACAACAGCAACAACUAUCUUCUUUUCUUCCUUCUAAUAAUCAUCAAUUAUUUUCACAUAAUGAAUCUUCAACAUCAAUUUUACGUACGGUGCUUAAGAGACCUAUUGUCGAUAUGCACAAUCAACAAGUGUAA